AUGUCCCUCUUCGGCACCUCCCCCGAAGCGCCCUCCCGUCCCAAAUACUCGCUCUUCGACGACGAUAACAACACUACUAGCAACGGCAACGGCAAGCCCAAAACAGCUUCCACGUCCAUGUUCGGCGAUAGCAGCGCCGACGACUUCGACGCCGCGUCGCCCUGGAGCUUUACGCCGAAGAAGAGCAGUGGAGGGCGCGGCAGCUUGGUUAAGAACUUGCUUGCGGACGCGGACGUGCCGGAUUUCUACGUCGAUACUUUUGAUGAGCUGCAGAGCGGGGGCAGCGUGUCUGCGGAUGCGGCGAGGGGGGUGUUGCGGGAUGCUGCGGUGGGCGAGGGGAAGGAAAGGGAGAUCUGGGACGUGGUGACCGGACGGCAGCAAGUUGAGAGUUUUGGAAGGGGGGAGGUGAAUGUGCUGCUCGCGCUGCUUGGGCUGGCGCAGGAGGGCGAGGAGUUGAGCCUAGACGCCGUGGACGAGCGGAGGAGGAACCUGCCUGUGCCGAAGAUGCCUGCGAAGGCGCAACAGCAACAGCAGCAAGCGCGGCCCGCCACGCCGCAGAAACAGCCGAGAGGAGCGUCGCCGGAGCAGCAGAGGGGUGGGGCGAGGAAGGGUUCGUUUGGCGCGGGUUUUGGGGAGAGCGAUCCCUGGGCGAGUCCGGCGUUGCAUAAGGGACAUGCGCAUACGAAUGGGAUUGCGAGUGCGGCGCCGCAGAGGACGACGAGCACGUUUACCACGGGAGCUGCGGAGCCGGCGGACUCGGCGGGCACGGGGUCGUAUGGUGGGAACUCGUCUGGUAAUGGGGAUAACGCGGCUUCGUCUUGGGGCGCGUCGGGAUCGUAUGAUGCUGGAAAUGGAUCUGGGUAUGGAGGUGCUCCGUCGAGCGGUGGGGGUUUUGGAGGCGACGACAAUAGCCCUGUGGCGCCCCGGCGGAACCAGCCAGUCAGGACAGCGACGAGCAAAGGCGUUGAGGAGGUUGUGACGGUCAAUCUGUUGGAAGAGAAGGAGGGCAUGUUCAUGUUUCAGCACCGCAACUAUGAAGUCGCUUCCGUGCGAAGGAACAGCAAAGUCAUUCGACGGUACAGCGACUUUGUCUGGCUGCUGGAUUGUCUGCACAAGCGGUAUCCGUUCAGACAGCUGCCUUUGCUUCCGCCGAAGAGGAUGCAGAUUAACGGGAACCAUAUUGCGGCGGACAACUCGUUUAUUGAGAAGAGGAGACGGGGGCUUGCGAGAUUUGCGAAUGCGUUGGUGCGGCAUCCGGUGUUGAGGGAGGAGCAAUUGGUAGUGAUGUUUUUGACUGUGCCUACGGAACUUGCAGUAUGGCGGAAACAGGCCACCAUCUCAGUCCAGGAGGAGUUUACGGGCAAGUCGCUACCUCCAGGCUUAGAAGACAGCCUUCCGCAGAACCUGCAAGACACCUUCGACACCGUCCGCUCGGGCGUACGUCGAUCAGCCGACCUCUAUAUCAGCCUUUGCAACCUCACUGAGCGCCUUACAAAGCGCAAGGAAGCCAUUGCGACGGAGUACGGCCGCUUCGGCAUGAACCUCAAUUCUCUCACCGAAGCGAGCGCGGACGCCUAUGCCAUCGACGCCAACGACGUACCCUUGCUCAACGAAGGCAUGAAGAGCACAUCCAAGCACCUCGGCCAGUCGCAGGCGCUUCUCGAAGACGAAGCGAAAGCGUGGGAUGAGGGGUUGCUGGAGGAUCUCAAGACGAUGCGGGAUAGUCUGGUCACCAUGCGGGAUAUGUUUGACCGGAGGGAUCGAUUGGCGAGGGAUAAUAUCCCGCAGUUGGAGAAGAGGAUUGUGGCGAAUGAGCAGAAGUUGCAGGGGAUCAAGGCGAAAGGGGAGGCGGCGAAGCCGGGGGAGGCGGAGAAGGUUGAGAAUGCUAUUACGAAUGACAAGCAAUCCAUCGUCUCCCAACACGCCCGCGGCGUCUUCAUCAGGGAAUGCGUGCGCGACGAACUACUGUACUUCCAGCACACGCAGUACCACGUCUCGCGCCUGCACCAGGACUGGGCGCAGGAGCGCGUCAAGUACGCCGAGCUGCAGGCGGAUUGCUGGCGGGGGCUGGUGGACGCUGUGGAGAGUAUGCCGCAGGGCGACUAG